GCACCUGCCUAUUCGCAUUUGGACGAAGACGUUGGGAGUCGCAGGACUCGAAGAAAUUGGCGACAGGGGCCCCCGAAACGCGGAAAGGAAGCACGCCCAAAGGAACCCUAGGAGCAAAUUGCCACGAGGAAACACAAUCGCGCAGAGAGGGGGAGAGAGAGGAAGGGAGGAGAGGGAUGACAGAGGAGUGAAGAAGACAGAGAGCAGCUGAUUGAUUCGAUCGAGUGGAUUGAUUGUGGUUCAUCCAGGUUGAGAGAUUGGCUGUAGCGAGCAAAAUGGCAGCGAACAGCUUGAGCGUCUCUAGGGCUUUCACUGGUUUGAUUAGAAGAGCUGGAGCUCAGUCGCAACUCGCUGCUGCGAGUCGUGCUCGUGGAGGCGCCGGGCUCCCCGUCGGCACCGUUCCUGCCCCCACUGCGGAGCUUGAUGAGUCCGAGGAGCUGAUCUGGGAUGAUGGAAGUCCUUGCCCGGAGCCUUGUUUGGAUUCCGUAGCUCCUAUGGUCGGAAAGUACGAGGGCCUCGCAAUGCUCUCCGCGGGCUUGGGAUUUUUUGCUUUCGUUGGAUUUCUGGCAAAGUGGAACGACAAGGCGUCGACAAUCCCAUGGACUCCAAGAGAGUAUCCAUAUGACAACCUUCGAGUGGAGCUUGGUGGCGAGCCCUAGUGAUUUUGUUGCUGAUGUAUGAUCGUGUUCUUCAAGAAGUCAUUGAUGUAUCGUCAGAGUAGCCUCCGGUUGCGAUAACUGGGCUGGUCUACGUCGGCACUUUCUUUCGCCUUUUCCAGAAACUUGUGUUUCGUCCGUGACCAAGUAAGCAGGAAACUUACACUUCCACCUGUCUAGAAUAUCUUGAAGGUGUUCCUGCAGAAACAAUUCUAGCCACUGCUGGUUGAGCAGUUUUGGGACUUCUCUUCUUCCAGAGUUUGGGUUAUCACGACAAUUUGUUCUCCUCUGUAAAGCUCGCAACCUACAAUAAAACAAAGAGGUUAUCAACGACCAUUUCAUUCAUGAGG